UGUUUGUGCGCUGACUGUUUGGAUUAACAAAGGCUUAAGUUUGCCAGUUGGCGGCACAAAUGAAAGACAUGAUGAUGAGCUGCAGAGGAGAAUGAUUAGAGAUGUGUCUCCCAAUGAUCUCUCCAUGAAGAGGGCCUUCGCACUUCUCCAGUCAAUGGAGUCCAAGUUGAUCCAAGCUGCUAAAGAAGCACAACUGGAAACCAAUGAAGUGGAAGCUGAGGCAGCUAUUCAAAAACUCGCAGAUGUUCAAUUGCCCCUGAACGGACCCAAACGGCUCGAAACCAACCAGACGCUGGGCGACCAGGCUGCCAACCAGACGCUGGGCGACCAGGCUGCCAACCAGACGCUGGGCGACCAGGCUGCCAACCAGACGCUGGGCGACCAGGCUGCCAACCAGACGCUGGGCGACCAGGCUGCCAACCAGACGCUGGGCGACCAGGCUGCCAACCAGACGCUGGGCGACCAGGCUGCCAACCAGACGAUGUUGAUUGGCCGGAUCUCCAGCAGCCGCGCCAAUCCACAGCAGGGCCUGGAACAGGGAAGUGGGCGGAGCCAUCACGCCAGCCAAUCCUCUCCGGGCAACCACACAGACUGA